CCUCAUCCGCCAAUGUCUCGCAACUAUGGCUUCUACGGGAAGCGAUCGAAAUCGUCUUCCUAUCUUUCUUCAACAUUUCAGUCACUUUCCCCAGCAAAGGCGGGGAAGCAGCGUCUGCUGCCGGAAAUUAACGAGAUCGAGUCGGCCAUAAGCAGACUCAAUAUUUGCGAGGAGACAAAACCUAAGUCAAGGACGCCUUCUAUAUCAUCACACGGAGCCAGGGACGACCAGAAGGACGAACGAAAGUUAUCUAUUGAAGGUAACUCAAAAAGCCGUGGCAAGAAAUCCAAAAGAAAUCAGAAGGAUGGCAGAUCAAAGGAAGUUGAAGAUAAACCCAUUGAGAAGAAAACGGACAUUGAAAUCCGCAACGACUCAGAAAACGUCACCUCCGCUUCAUCGCCGAAGCGAGAAGAAAGAUCCCCCCAUAAAGCUCUUAGAGAGAAAAGUCGGAAUAUCCAGAGUCCUGUCCUUAAGAGGCAAGGGAAAACGGAGGAAAAGAUCCCGAAAGCCAGCACCCAGUCUAGGACUAAUCGGCAGAGUACACAUCACCAUGCCAGUCCAUCUCCGCCUUCUUUGCCAGCUCCGGCUCGACAAACCAGAACACGGAGAGCAAACGCCCUGGACAAAGAUUCUCAUACCGCAUCGAAACGAAUCGCGCAUGCGGAGCCUUUAUUGAAAUUGUGUAACGAUCCUGAGGGACGAAAUGCACCCACGAACUUUCAAGCGUGGGCCGACGAAGUUGACAGAUACUUUGACGUUGAUAAGAUUGCAGAAGCGUCCUAUGGAGAAGUUUACCGACUGAAAUUUAGAGAUGCGGAUAGCGUAUGGACGCGGUCCGAUGAGUCAGUGCUAAAGAUUAUUGCACUCAAACCGCCGCCAGGUACCCCAAAAAGGAAAUAUAAAAUUGAUCUGAUGAGCGCCAUUCAGGACGUUGCUUCAGAAGUAGAUCUUCUUCGCCGCAUGAGCACAGUUCCCGGGUUUACGAACUUUAGAGAGGUCAGAGUAAUGUGUGGAAGACUACCGUCUCAGUUCGUCGAAGCAUGGAAGAGGUUCAAGAAGGCCAAGUCGAAAUCAGAGUUCCCAGACCCGGGCAAAGCCUACAGCUAUCCUGAUGACCAGCUUUGGGCCGUUAUUGAAAUGCAGGAUGCUGGGACAGAUUUGGAGAACAUCACGCUUACAGAUGUCUAUCAACUCUGGGACGUCUUCUGGGGCGUAGCAAUGACGCUCGCCAAGGGUGAAGAGCUGGCUGGAUUCGAGGUGAGAUUGAGUAGUGGUUCCCCUAAAUUUUCAUAAUGGCUUAUUCUCUUACCACAGCAUCGAGAUUUGCACCUUGGAAAUAUCUGCGUACAAACAGCGAAAAAGUCGCUGGGUUCUGAUGAGGCAUCGAAUUCCGAGUCGGUUUCCGACGGCCGGAAAUUUAAUUUCACCGGCCUUAAAACUACCCU